AUGGCCGAGUCUAGACCAUUCCAACCACGCUCCCUGUUUGACCUCGCUAAAAAAACCGUGGUCAAGCAGUUCCGUAAUGACUUCCGUGCCCUUAUGAAUUUAGAGGUACCACGAACGGUCAUGGACGCUCUCAUGGAGGAGCACGGUAAAUAUGACUGCCUCAGUGCUGAGUGUGUACUGUACACACCGCUUGGAGGUUCACACUCUUACUGCGACCUAACGUGUGCCAUCACAGGUCUGGCUAUAGAACCUUACUUCCGGAUGUAUUUUGAAAGUCUACGCCCCAACGCCUCCAUUAUCCAUUUGAUAAGAUACCGUAUGACCCCCAACAGUUACCUUCUCGGUACGGAAAGAAACCUUGCGCUAGAGCCGGAAGUUUUGAUCCAUACGGAACAUAAAUACGGCUAUCUCGACAGCAACGAAACAUCGCUGACUAACAAUAUUAAGGACGCCAUUACGAGGUUUCAGGAGACGUUCGGACUACAGGUGACCGGAUAUGAAAACGAGGAGACGCUAAAGCUGAUGGACACACCCAGAUGCGGUAACUCGGACGAAGGCAUAGCCCCGUUUUCCGUGAACCCAUUAGUUAAAUGGAACUCAACUCGGGUCACGUGGAACAUGAUUGGCUCUGGCAUCCAGUAUGCCAACAUCGUUGAGAGAGCGUUUUCCUUGUACUCCAAGCACUCUGCUCUCGAAUUCCGUAGAAGUUACAGUAAUCCCACUAUAAUGGUAGUGAUUUCCCCUAAGAAACACGUGGCGUACUACCUUAAAAGCACUUGCAGUUACGAUUUUGACGGUCCAGGCGGUGUUCUCGGCCACGCCUUUCUCCCUCGACCGUGGCUGAACCAAUCGGAUAUACACCUUGAUUUCGAAGAGGACUGGGACUUUACAAUGAAUAUACCCGCACCGGAGAAGACUUCGUUCUUUACAGUGAUGGUCCACGAAAUAGGCCAUGCUCUCGGUCUUCAGCAUUCGUCUGUGUUACGAUCCGUAAUGUUUCCGUCCUAUUACCAGCCAUCGGGUAUCAACAACUUGUACGAAUUUGAUUUGGACAGAGACGAUCAGCUUGCAAUUCAGGUUUUGUACGGACCGCCUGUCCCCUCCUCCUCCUCCUCCACGUCCACAACAUAA